ACCUUUCAACAAAAUCGUUCUUUUCAUGUAAAAACUUAUUUGCAUUCGAGUGAUUGCCAGGAAAUAUGCUGACGUACAGAAAACUAGCAAUAAAAACUAACAAUAGGAAGGGGCAAAUUACGUGUAAAGACGUCAAGAUGGCGUUUGUAAUUGUUUAGAUAUUAUCGAUAAGAGUAUUUACUUGGAGAGAUAUUAAAAGUAGCAUAUACUUACUAAAUCAAUGAUUAAACUAUCUUAAAUAAUAUAUUUACACUCAAAAUUAUUACGUUUAUUAUAUUGCUUAAUUAACUGUUUACUAUUAAUGCUGUUAUAAGCAAAUAACACUUUGACUCUUUGAGCGCCACUUUGAAACCUCCUUCGUAUAAUUUCUUACCUACGUUUCUGUUGAUUUAAAUAUAACUCGCGUUGAGAUAAUGAAUCAUAUUUUUUUUAUGGAAAACGAUUGGAUGAUCGGUUUAUCUAUCAUCGAGGGCACCACUCCACACAAUUGCCUCGUAAGCGUUUACGUUUGCCUGAUUGCACGUGGUACGCGCAUGCAAGGCAAAUCCGACGUUCAGUCGAGGUUCCGCUGGUGAAGCGGCGAGAUUGUCGAAGGAGAUCGGCAAGACCUGCUGUGACACCGAUAGUCAGUCGAUCACGUGACCUUUUUAGUGCAACUCCUGUUCUUCCGUGCGACUUAUUCGUAAACCGUGAAAAACCAUGAGUAUUUUAACGAGAACAUCAACGGAGGAGAGCCUGCAGUAUAUCAGGCAAUCCCUGAAAUCGGAAGAAAUGGAUCAUCUGGAGGGAACUCAUUUUGACAGGCUUAUUCCGCAUGUGUUUGUCAUCUUCGGAGCAUCCGGUGACCUUGCCAAGAAGAAAAUCUAUCCGACUCUUUGGUGGCUCUUCCGAGACAAUCUGCUCCCGAAGCCAACUACCUUCGUCGGCUACGCUAGAAGCAGAUUGACAGUACAGCAAUUGCGUGAGAAAUGCCAUCCAUACAUGAAAGUGAAGUCCGAAGAGGCGAAGAAAUAUGAAGAAUUUUGGAAGCUGAAUCAUUACGUCGCUGGCGCCUACGAUCAGAAGAAAGACUUUGAGCUGUUGAAUCGUGAAUUACAAAAGUUCGAGCAAGGGGACACCGCGCACAGGUUGUUCUAUCUGGCACUACCACCGAGCGUGUUCGAAUGCGUCACGAUACGCAUUCGACUUACCUGUAUGGCAGAGAAGGGAUGGACGAGAAUUAUAAUCGAGAAACCGUUCGGUCGCGACGCCGCCUCGUCGCAGAAGCUCUCCGACCACUUGGCGACGCUGUUCAGCGAGGAGCAAAUCUACCGUAUCGAUCACUACCUCGGCAAGGAGAUGGUGCAGAAUCUGAUGACACUGAGAUUCGGUAACAGGGUGCUCAAUCCGACGUGGAACCGGGACAACAUAGCCUCGGUGCAGAUCACGUUCAAGGAGCCGUUCGGCACUCAGGGUAGAGGCGGCUACUUCGACGAGUUCGGCAUCAUCAGGGACGUGAUGCAGAACCACCUGCUGCAGAUCUUGUCCCUGGUGGCCAUGGAGAAGCCGGCGUCCUGUCAACCGGACGACAUCAGAAACGAGAAGGUGAAGGUACUCAGAUGCAUCAGAGACGUGCACCUCGACCAGGUGGUCCUCGGCCAGUACGUCGGCGAUCCGAACGCCGAGGAUCCGGAGGCGCGUUUGGGCUACCUGGACGACGCAACGGUACCAGCCGGAUCGAACACGCCGACAUUCGCGUUCGCGGUGCUGAAGAUAAACAACGAGAGGUGGGACGGUGUACCGUUCAUCCUGAGAUGCGGAAAAGCUCUGAACGAGAGGAAGGCAGAAGUUAGAGUACAGUUCCAAGAUGUACCGGGUGAUAUCUUCGACGGGAAGGCGAAGAGGAACGAGUUGGUGAUAAGGGUGCAACCGGGCGAGGCGUUGUACAUUAAAAUGAUGACGAAGUCACCCGGCAUCACGUUCGACAUGGAAGAGACGGAAUUGGACUUCACUUAUGGCAGCAGAUACAAGGGUCUUAAAUUACCGGACGCCUACGAGAGAUUAAUUCUGGAUGUCUUUUGCGGUUCGCAAAUGCAUUUCGUGCGAAACGACGAGUUGCACGAGGCGUGGCGGAUAUUCACGCCGCUGCUUCAUCGAAUCGAAAAGGAAAACAUUCAGCCGAUUCCGUAUAAAUAUGGAUCCCGAGGACCGAAAGAAGCCGACGAAAUGGCGAAGAAGAAUAAUUUCGCGUAUUACGGUUCGUACAAAUGGGUGAAACCGUGAAAGCACUGUCGAACACUGUGAUAUGAGAUUUAUCACACAAAGUACAAAUCUUAAGAUAUCUAGGAAGAUUUCAAUGUGUUGACGCAAUUGUUGUCACAUUCCAAAAAUUUUGAUAAACUGUACAGCGAAUAAUUUUUUACAAUUUUAUAUAUAUAUA